AUGGCUAAGCCCUCCAAUUAUCCACCAUUGACUAAUAAUCCAGUCAUCGUCGUUGGACCCCAAUUCUGUUCUCGCAACCCUAUAGAUCUCACCAUCAUGAAGAAAGUUUUAUCCCUAGGUGAAGGCAAAUUCAUCGUUACCGCCGUCAAUGACGACCUCCUCGUCAAAAUGUUUAGUGCACAUGGGAGAUGGGAAGUGUUCAGGGGAGAUAGCCCGGACUCAAAAAAUCUGUUAUUUAAUGCAAAGACGACUUCUUUGUUCCAAUUUAUGACUAAACUGGAUGUGUUCUUGGCGGCAAAUACCAUGGAGGGAGUUAGUGAUUUCAAGGUCAAAGGGAGCUGGUCUGAAAGAUCUUGCAAGAUCUAUGUUGGAGACUUCUGUGUGCAAAUGCAUAAGAAACUGAGUGUUCAAAGCGAGUUGUUUGGAAAAGACAAUUACAUAGUGACUGUGCAUCCAAACGUUGAUUAUGCUUUCAUCGUUGCUCUUAUCAUCGUUCUUAAUGCGAUCAUUGGGACUACAGCAAGGAAUGCUUGA